AUGCACAGCCAAGCCUGGUGCUGGAUCGUCAGCAUCCAGCAUCCCUGGAAAAUAGGCAUGGGGCAUAUAUGCGGAGGGUCCCUCAUCAGCCCACAGUGGGUCCUCACAGCAGCUCACUGCUUCAAGGCAAGGCACAUCACAAUGUGGCACAUGGUGAUCGGGGACAUCCAGUUGACUCAGCUGGGCCCUGAGGCCCAAGUGCGCAAUAUUAAGCGGCUACUGAUUCACAAACAUUAUAGUAAUAUCUCAGAGAGGAAUGACAUUGUGUUGCCGGAAUUGGAUCAGCCUGUCCAGUGCAGCUACUACAUACAGCUUGCCUGUGUGCCCAACACCUCACUGACAGUGUCAGAGCUGACAACCUGCUACAUCAGUGGUUGGGCUGGAGGAUCAGCUGAUAUCCUGCAGGAGGCCAAGGUCCGCCUCAUUGAUGUCAACCUCUGUAACAGCAGCCGGUGGUAUAGAGGGGCCAUCCACGCCCACAACUUGUGUGCUGGCUAUCCACAGGGUGGCACUGGCACCUGCCAGAUCAACUCAACCAGCCUCUGCAAUGAAACUAAAAAUGAAGAUUUACCAAGGUCAUACUCUUAUGCCCUUGACGACUCUCCAGAACUCCAUCCAAAUUCCCUUGCACCUCUCAGUGACAAGCCUUCAGAACACUCCAGGGAAAUUAUUCCAGUUGGUGUUUCUAUACAAAGUCGAGAAUACAACUCCUCAAUAGCAGAUUGA